GGCAUCAUCUUUUUUGACAUUUUACACUUCAUUUUUCCAUCUAUAUAUGUCUCCAUAUUCUUCAAUUCUCCAUACAAACAUCCUUUGUUUCAUCUCAUUUCAUUGCAUUGCAUUUCCCUUUCGAUCGAUUAAUUAAUUAGAGAAAUAUUGGAAGAAUGGGUUCAAUUGGUGCUGAAUUACAAAAACCACAUGCUGUUUGCAUACCCUACCCUGCCCAAGGCCAUAUUAACCCUAUGCUAAAACUAGCCAAAAUUCUUCAUCACAAAGGCUUUCACGUAACUUUUGUCAACACUGAAUUUAACCAUAGGCGUCUCCUUAAGUCUCGUGGUCCACAUGCGCUCGAUGGCCUUCCAUCGUUCCGAUUCGAGGCCAUUCCUGAUGGACUCCCACCUUGUGAUGCUGAUGCAACACAAGACAUACCUUCUCUAUGUGAAUCCACAACGAAAACUUGUUUGGGUCCGUUUAGGGAUUUGCUUGCAAAGCUCAAUGAUACUUCCACUACUAACGUGCCACCCGUCUCAUGCAUCGUCUCGGAUGGUGUCAUGGCCUUCACUUUAGCUGCUGCACAAGAAUUGGGUGUCCCUGAAGUUCUGUUCUGGACAACUAGUGCUUGUGGUUUCUUAGGUUACAUGCAUUACGCCACUGUUAUUGAAAAAGGAUAUGCUCCACUUAAAGAUGCGAGUGACUUGACGAAUGGGUACCUAGAUACACCAUUGGAUUGCAUACCGGGCAUGAAAGAUAUACGUUUAAGAGAUCUUCCAAGUUUCUUGAGAACUACAAAUCCAGAUGAAUACAUGAUUGAAUUUGUCCUUCAAGAAACAGAGCGAGCAAGAAAAGCUUCCGCGAUUAUCCUCAACACCUUCGAGACACUAGAGAGUGAAGUUCUUGAAUCACUCCGAACUCUCCUUCCACCAGUGUACUCAAUAGGCCCCUUGCAUUUACUCGUCAAACAUGUUGAUGACGAGAAUUUGAAGGGGCUUGGAUCGAGCCUUUGGAAAGAGGAGCCAGAGUGCAUACAGUGGCUUGAUAAUAAAAAACCAGACUCUGUUGUUUAUGUCAAUUUUGGAAGUAUCACCGUUAUGACUCCGGAUCAACUUAUUGAAUUUGCUUGGGGACUGGCAAAUAGCCAGCAAGAGUUUUUAUGGAUCAUAAGACCCGACAUUAUAUCAGGUUAUGAAUCGAUUCUUCCACCCGAUUUCAUUGAAGAAACUAAAAACAGGGGAGUGCUUGCGAGUUGGUGUUCACAAGAAGAAGUCCUUAGCCAUCCGGCAAUAGGAGGAUUCCUAACUCAUAGUGGAUGGAAUUCGACUCUGGAAAGCAUUACCAGUGGAGUGCCUAUGAUGUGCUGGCCGUUUUUCGCUGAACAACAGACAAAUUGUUGGUUUACUGUGUCUAAAUGGGAUAUUGGAAUGGAAAUUGACAAUAAUGUGAGGAGAGAUGAAGUGGAAAGCCUUGUGAGGGAAUUGAUGGUUGGUGAGAAAGGCAAAAAGAUGAAAAAUAAGGCCAUGGAAUGGAAGAUAUUGGCUGAAAUUUCUGCUCAAGAAUCAAAAGGAUCAGCUUUUGAGAACAUUGAGAAGGUGUUCAAUGACAUUCUUACUUCAUCCAAACAUUAAGUCAAAAGAAGUUCGAGGGAUAGGUUUCUCGAAGGACCACUCAAUGAAAAAGUAUUUUAACAGAAAAUCAUCUUUCUUUCUUCAGCAAAGAACAUGAUCAUAGAAAUAUUAGUUGAGUAAAAAUCAACUCAAGAAGUUGGAGUAAAAACUAAGGUGUUUGUAAGUCUAAUCUUCUUUAAUUUUAUUUAUUGCGUUCUUGUAACUUGUAAGAGUUCUUCCCCUUUCUUCCAUAGGGAACAUAUUUCUUGCUUAAUUAAGAGUAUUGUUUGGGCACCA